AUGGCAUCUCCCGGCUCCGGCUUUUGGUCCUUCGGAUCUGAAGAUGGCUCUGGAGAUCCUGAGAACCCGGGCACAGCGAGAGCCUGGUGCCAGGUGGCCCAAAAGUUCACGGGCGGCAUCGGAAACAAGCUGUGCGCUCUGCUCUACGGAGACUCCGAGAAGCCAGCGGAGAGCAGCGGGAGCGUGACCUCGCGGGCCGCCACCCAGAAGGUCUCCUGCACCUGCGACCAAAAACCCUGCAGCUGCCCCAAAGGGGAUGUCAACUACGCGUUUCUGCACGCAACAGAUCUGCUGCCGGCGUGUGACGGAGAAAGGCCCACUCUGGCAUUUCUGCAAGAUGUUAUGAACAUUUUGCUUCAGUACGUGGUGAAAAGUUUCGAUAGAUCAACUAAAGUGAUCGAUUUCCAUUACCCCAAUGAGCUUCUUCAAGAGUAUAAUUGGGAAUUGGCAGACCAACCGCAAAAUCUGGAGGAAAUUUUGACGCAUUGCCAGACAACUCUAAAAUAUGCAAUUAAAACAGGGCAUCCCCGAUAUUUUAAUCAGUUGUCUACUGGAUUGGAUAUGGUUGGAUUAGCAGCAGACUGGUUGACUUCAACAGCAAACACUAACAUGUUCACCUAUGAGAUCGCCCCUGUCUUUGUGCUGCUAGAAUAUGUUACACUAAAGAAAAUGAGAGAAAUCAUUGGCUGGCCAGGCGGCUCUGGCGAUGGAAUCUUUUCUCCUGGUGGCGCCAUCUCCAACAUGUACGCCAUGCUCAUUGCCCGCUAUAAGAUGUUUCCAGAAGUCAAGGAGAAGGGGAUGGCGGCUGUGCCCAGGCUCAUCGCGUUCACAUCGGAGCAUAGUCACUUUUCUCUCAAGAAGGGAGCUGCAGCCUUAGGGAUCGGAACAGACAGCGUGAUUCUGAUUAAAUGCGACGAGAGAGGGAAAAUGAUCCCAUCUGAUCUUGAAAGAAGAAUCAUUGAAGUCAAACAGAAAGGAUUUGUUCCUUUCCUGGUGAGUGCCACAGCUGGAACCACCGUGUAUGGGGCCUUUGAUCCUCUCUUGGCUGUAGCUGACAUCUGCAAAAAGUAUAAGAUCUGGAUGCACGUGGAUGCUGCUUGGGGUGGAGGGUUGCUGAUGUCCCGGAAACACAAGUGGAAGCUGAGUGGUGUAGAGAGGGCCAACUCUGUGACAUGGAAUCCUCACAAGAUGAUGGGUGUCCCCUUGCAGUGUUCUGCUCUCCUGGUUAGAGAGGAGGGACUGAUGCAGAGCUGCAACCAGAUGCAUGCUUCCUACCUCUUUCAGCAAGAUAAGCACUAUGACCUGUCCUAUGACACAGGAGACAAGGCCUUGCAGUGUGGACGCCAUGUCGAUGUCUUUAAACUAUGGCUCAUGUGGAGAGCAAAGGGGACUACUGGGUUUGAAGCACAUAUUGACAAGUGUUUGGAGCUGGCAGAGUAUUUAUACAAUAUCAUAAAAAACCGAGAAGGAUAUGAGAUGGUGUUUGAUGGGAAGCCUCAGCACACAAAUGUCUGCUUCUGGUUUGUACCUCCAAGUUUGCGCGUUCUGGAAGACAAUGAAGAGAGAAUGAGCCGCCUCUCAAAGGUGGCGCCAGUGAUUAAAGCCAGAAUGAUGGAGUACGGGACCACAAUGGUCAGCUACCAACCCUUAGGAGACAAGGUCAACUUCUUCCGCAUGGUCAUCUCAAACCCUGCAGCAACUCACCAAGACAUUGACUUCCUCAUUGAAGAAAUCGAACGCCUGGGACAAGAUUUGUAA